AUGCGAAGACGACCACUCCUCCAAUUGACCGCGAUAACCCGUGGCUUCAGCACCAGCACCAGCACCGGCACCGGCAGGAGACUUGCGUCACAGCCCGCGCCCGCAAGGGAGACGAUGCCUCGUCUGAAUCCGGUUUCACAGAGAGCGAUUGAUCGGCUGAGAGAGUAUCGGCCACCACCGACGAAUUAUGAACUUGUGCCAUUGUCGCGUCGAGCGGCGGUUCUAGUGCUACUCUAUGCGGAUGCCAAGGGGGAUCUGAGGGUUGUGUUGACAAUUCGGGCGAAGACGCUGAGUUCGUAUGCUGGCCAAGCAGCUUUACCUGGAGGACGGGCGGAUACGCUGGAAGAGACCGCAUUCCAGACGGCUCGCCGCGAGGCACGUGAAGAGAUAGGGUUGCCUGAUCUCAACCAGUCAUUUCCCCGGCCGUUCAGCGUUGAGCAUCUCUGCGAGUUCCCGGCUAAUCUUGCUCGAACGGAGGUGGUUGUCCGCCCUUGCGUGGCGCUGCUCCAUUCGUAUGACGAGGAGACGGGCGAGAAUGCCGACCCAGAGGUGUCGCUGAUUCCCAGGCUGGAUGCCAGAGAGGUGGCGGCCGUCUUUACGGCGCCAUUUCACAACUUUCUACGCAUGAGGGAUGCGGAUGACUGGGGCACCGAGGACCCAACAGAAUGGUAUAAGGGGUCCUGGACCGGAUGGCAUCGGUCCAAUUGGAGAAUGCAUCAGUUCUUUGUCCCCAUCAACAGCUGGUCGGUCGUCAAACCGCGCAGCAACAGCCGGAUGCAGAAACGGGCUGCAGACGAGCUAGAAGAGAAGGAAAAAUCAGGCGAGCUGACUCGCUAUCGGGUGUUUGGCAUGACGGCCCGCAUUCUGGUCGAUGUCGCGCGAGUGGCAUAUGGCGAGGACCCGGAAUUCGAGCACAACAGCCACUUUGGCGAUGAAGGGAUGAUCGCCAAUCUCCGAAAGAUGGGCCGUCUAGGUGCCGUUCGUAAAGCCACGGACGAACUCACGCCAGAGACGAUGCAAAAGGCAGCCAAACUUAGUUAG